AUGUCUAACAACUUGUCUGAUGACGAUCCCAGAUUCAUAACAUGCGAUUUGAAUUAUGAUGUUUCUAUCGAAUUUUUGAAAUAUGUUGUUCAAGCGGUCUAUCUUUUUGGAGCAGCAAUUCUGCAUAUUUUCAUUCUGCGCACGAUUUUAUGGAAGAGACCGGAUGAAUUUAGAAAUAACUCAUUUUAUAGCCUCUAUGCGGCCGAUUCGAUUGUGGUGAGUACAAGUAAAAAUCUCCUUUCAACGGCCCCCAACCCCAUAAAUAUUCCAGAGUCUAACAAUGCUACUCCUCGAUGGUUUCAUCAAUCGUCCUUUCAUAUUUAUCCCCCCACUUUGCCCAAUCUUCGCCCCAAUUUUAGCAUAUCCUACACUUUUUUGGAAAUCUGUAGUAGUUAUUGGAAAUUAUAUGAAAGCAGCCAAAUCCAUGACUCAAAUAUUUAUGAGUUUAAAUCGAAUGACUUGUGCACUUUGGCCAUUGAAAUAUAUCACAAUUUGGGAAAACCGUGUAAAAUAUGCUCUAUUGAUAAUCUUCAUUGCUCCGAUUGGCGCAAUUUUCAAUCUUGUUGUCUCCAGAAUCAUCAUUGCUAGUAUCUACGGAGGUUUCAGCAAUACCUACAUCAGAAAAAUCUCGUGGGCUAGUCUACCCUUCCAACAUCUAGUCUUCAUUUUAACUGCCUUAUCUUUCACAAUCAUUUGCACAAGUAUCGCGAUUUAUGCAUUGCUCAUGUUACCAAAUCGAGUUAAAGGAGCAGAACGAUCACUAUGCAUUGCUAAUAUCAUAUUUUCAAUUGGUUUUAUAUGUGCAGCCGGUGCCCAAGCAGCUAUAGUUUUCUGCACAGCGUGCUUGAGCAAUCUUCUCUUUAUGAUUCAUUUUUGGUGCAUCGAUUUUCUCAAUGUCAGUUCUCCAAUCGUUAUGCUAAUUGUUGGAAGAGAUCUUAGAAGAAAAGUGUUUGAAUUAGGUGUUACAAAGGUCACAUCAGUUAGAAAUAGUUUAAGAAAUAGUCUAUAAUUAUUAGUAGCCUGUUAUUAUAAGAUAAUUUUGGAUUGGAUAAACCUUGUCUUAUUAUUUUUUGAAAUAAAAAUAAAUAUUGAUUGUUUCUGGUUUAUUUCGCUGAUUCGAAGUUAGAUUUACAGAAAAUCUCAGUGUCUCCAACGAAGUCUGAGGGCCAAGGGCUCAAAUAAAACGAAAACCCCAUAAUUUCCUCGUAACCACUGAUUAGUCUCAAGAAAAGAUUUGGAAAAAAACACGUCUCCACCCUUUUUCUUAAACUCGCGCAGCUCAAAAACCCCAUUCAUAUAAGUAGCUCGUAACAUAUUCUGAAAUGGCAAUUAUGUCGGCCAAUUUUUCGGAAGACGGACCAAAUUUCAUAACAUGCGAUUUGAGUUUUGAUACAACUAUCGAAGUUUUCAAAUAUCUUGUGCAAGCUAUUUAUCUUUUUGGAGCCGCAAUUUUGCAUAUUUUGAUCUUGCGUACGAUUUUAUGGAAGAGACGGGAGGAGUUCAAGAAUAAUUCAUUUUAUAGCCUUUAUGUGGCGGAUUCCAUUGUGGUGAGUCUCCUUUCAUGAAAGUGUGAUACUCAAUCCCAUAAAUAUUCCAGAGUCUAACAAUGCUACUCCUCGAUGGUUUCAUCAAUCGUCCUUUCAUAUUUAUCCCACCACUUUGCCCAAUCUUCGCCCCAAUUUUAGCAUAUCCCACAUUUUUUUGGAAAUCUGUUAUGGUUAUAGGAAAUUAUAUGAAAGCAGCCAAAUCAAUGACUCAAAUAUUUAUGAGUUUAAAUAGAAUGACUUGCGCACUUUGGCCAUUGAAAUAUAUCACAAUUUGGGAAAAUCGCGUCAAAUAUGCUCUAGUGAUAAUCUUCAUUGCUCCGAUUGGCGCAAUUUUCAAUCUUGUUGUUUCGAGAAUAUUGAUUGGUAGUAUAUAUGGGGGAUUCAGUAAUAACUAUAUCAGAAAAAUAUCUUGGGCAAAUCUGCCAUUUCAACAUUUGGUAUUUAUCACAAUCGCAAUAUUUUUCACAGUUAUUUGCACAAGUAUCGCGAUUUAUGCAUUGCUCAUGUUACCAAAUCGAGUUAAAGGAGCAGAAAGGUCACUUUGCAUCGUUAAUAUCAUAUUUUCAGUCGGUUUUUGUUGCGCGGCAAGUUCACAAGCCGCAAUUGUAUUCUGUACACCGUGCCUUGGUCAUCUUCUAUUCAUGAUUCAUUUUUGGUGCAUCGAUUUUUUGAAUGUUAGCUCGCCGUUGUUAAUGAUUAUUGUGAGCAAACAUUUUCGAGAAAAGGUGUUUACUAAUAAAGGAAGGACAAGGGUUGGAUCAUUGCGAGGGAGUAAUUAAUUGAUAAAAUGUGUUUUGUUAUGGGAAAUAAAUUUAUUUUGAUUACGAACCUAGCGAGUGUAAAUCGCAAUUUUCAUCGAAGCACGUCAAGUUCAGAACUUGUUUUAUCCUUCCUUGUUCCCCAAAAUACCUUAUUUAUCCGAACGAACAAAUAGUAGAACUAAUCACCUGCUCACAAACAUCACAUUUCGGCCGCCAAUUUUUUUCGUAAUAAAAAAGAAUCAAACUUUUUUUAUUACCCACCUCCCCUUAUUAUUAACUCUAUAGUAUCACAUAUAUAUUUUCGAAAAUGACUGAUUUCGACAAAACCAUGGUGUUUGAGUGCAAUUUGAUGACAUACGAUUCUCAAAUCGAAAUUCUCAAAUACAUUCUUCAAUUCAGUUAUCUAUUUCCCGGUGCUAUUUUAAUAAUUUAUAUGUUAUUUGUGAUAACUAUCAAAUGUAGAGCGAGUUAUUUGGAUAAUUGUUAUCAUUGGAUUUUUGUUUUCGAGUUAGUUACAGUAAGUUGAGGAGAAUUUAGAAAUUCAAAAAUCGCGCAAGAUUGCCUAAAAUCCCUUCACAUUUCCAGAGUCUAUACCUGAUAAUUCACGACAUCCUUUUCGGCCGCCUAACCAUUUACAUAUCUCCUCUUUGUCCAAUCCUUGCCCCAUAUUUCUACAAUUAUUCAUUCCUCCUCAAAUUCUCGAUGGUUUCAAUAAACUAUGUCCGCGCCUCAAAAUCAGUUUCUCAAAUAUUUCUAACCCUAAAUCGAAUGACUUGCGUUCUAUUCCCUGUCCAUCAUCAAAAACAUUGGGGAAAUUCCAUGAAAAUUGUGAUGAUUGUGAAUAUAUGUUUACCAUUCGGCGCGAUUUGGAGUCUGAUGUUGAGUCGGGUUUACGCUUCGGCGAAUUAUGGGGGAUUCUCGUCGAAUUAUGUGAGAGCUGUUGAAUGGGUGAGUUUUUGAGCGGAAGACUCACUCUGCUCGAAGCUUCAAGGCCAAGUUUCAACAUACAUACAACCUACAAUUAUAUAUGUACAUGCCAAUUUCAGCUGUUUUAUAAGAUCACCAACAAAGUUUCGAAUAUCAGAAAAAAACGUGACUGUAGCUAGCUUCCGUGUCACGUAAUUUACUAUGACGUGGCAAAUUGUAAAGGUCCAGACUACCCAUAUUCCAGGCCAGUCUAUCCCGUCUCCAAUCAAUCUACCUAACAAUCUCUCUAAUCUUCGCAAUUUCCACCUCAUUCGCAACAUUCUACGGUCUAACAACACUUUCAAAACGAAUCAAACACAUCGAAACAACCCUAUGUGUUGUCACAUUUUUCAGGUAAAGAGAUCGCGGACCAAAUUUCAGAAAACUUUCCAUUUUCCAGUACCACCGCGUUCCUCUUCGCCGCAAUAAUCCAAUACAUUUGGGUGUUUUGCACGGCGUGUUCAAGAGAAUAUCCAAGUAUUUAUGGUGUCCAAUUUUUGAGUUAUGACGUGUUAACGAUUGGAACUCCGAUAGUUAUGAUAAUUGUCAACGAAAAAUUGAGAUUAGACAUGUUUCCGUGGAUUUUUCGGAAAAGUUUGCGGAUUUCGAUAGUUGGGCAAAGUUCCGGGUCGAGGAAAUGA